GGGCGCGGGCGGCGGCGACUGCGGCGACUCCCCGGUGCGUCCCGGGCUGCGCGCUGCUCCCCGCGGCCCCGGCGCCCGAGCGGCGCGGGCGGGCGCGUCCCCAGCGCAGCUCGCCCGCCUCACUUCGCGUGAGACCCGGAGGACCGGCCGCGAAGGAGUGACCCGCCGACCUCGGCGCCAGCGACAUCCAGAACGCCUUUCAGCGCCACACCCCGCCCGGGUGUCCGCAAGCAGUGGGCGGGCACCGGCGCCCCGAGGGCUGGCCCUCGCCCGGCUCCGCGCGCUCCAGCCUCCGCCCUCUGCCUGAGGUCAACUUCGUCGGGCUGGAGCGAGCCCCGGGAGGCUCUCGGAGGCCGGCCUCAGCCCGGCGCAGGGUGUCAGCGAGAUGCCGGGGUGUGCGCCAGUCUGGAGACAGGCCUGGCCAGCCCUGCAUCCAGGAUCGGGUCGCGGGGCCUGGGUGAGCCGGGACAAGGUCGCCAGGCUCCUCACAACAGCACCGAGCUUCCCCAGACAGGGUGGCCGCCAGGGUGCGGCAGGCCUGGAGCCGGCGGGAAGCGGAGGCCUUGGAAAGUAGUCGCGCCUAGGAGCCGGCGGCCCCGGAGCAGUGGCCGCGCCACGCGGGCGACCACGCGCAGGACCCCGCCGGCCCCGCCAUGUCCUACCCGCAGUUUGGAUACCCGUAUUCCUCCGCACCCCAGUUCCUGAUGACCACCAACUCCCUGAGCACGUGCUGCGAGUCCGGCGGCCGCACGCUGGCCGACUCGGGGCCCGCCGCCUCGGCCCAGGCGCCCGUCUACUGCCCGGUCUACGAGAGCCGGCUGCUGGCCACCGCGCGCCACGAGCUCAACUCGGCCGCGGCGCUUGGGGUGUACGGGGGCCCGUACGGCGGCUCGCAGGGCUACGGCAACUACGUGACCUACGGCUCCGAGGCGUCCGCCUUCUACUCGCUGCUGCGACCCCAGGCGCGUGGGAUCCUACAGAAUGGCUUCGACUCCAAGGACGCGCCGGGAUCUGCGCAUGCGGGCCUCGCGCCUGCUGCGGCCGCCGCCUACUACCCCUACGAGCCGGCGCUGGGCCAGUACCCCUACGACAGGUACGGGACCAUGGACAGCGGCACGCGGCGGAAGAACGCCACGCGCGAGACCACCAGCACGCUCAAGGCCUGGCUGCAGGAGCACCGCAAGAACCCGUACCCCACCAAGGGCGAGAAGAUCAUGCUGGCCAUCAUCACCAAGAUGACCCUCACGCAGGUGUCCACCUGGUUCGCCAACGCGCGCCGGCGCCUCAAGAAGGAGAACAAGAUGACGUGGCCCCCGAGGAACAAAUGCGCGGAUGAGAAGCGAGCCUACGCGGAGGGCGAGGAGGAAGAAGGGGGCGAAGAGGAAGCCAGGGAGGAGCCCCUCAAGAGCACCAAGAAUGAAGAGACGGUGGGCAAAGGGGAGAAGGAUCUAGAACUCACAGACUUGGAGGAUUUCGACCCGCUGGAGGCGGAGCCCCCUGAGUGCGAGCUGAAACCGCCCUUCCAGCCCCUGGACGGCGGUCUGGAGCGCAUCCCCGCGGCGCCUGACGGUCCAAGCGCCCCGGGAAAGGAGGCUUCCGGCACCCUCCGGAUGCCCGCGGCCGCCCUGGACCAGGACCUGGAGAGGGCCAGAAGCUGCCUCCGGAGCGCGGCCGCUGCGCCCGAGCAGCAGCCUGGCUCUGGGGGCGGCUCGCAGGCGUGCGAGGCCAAGCUGGGCUUUGCGCCGGCUGGGGCGACGGCGGGCCUCGAGGCCAAGCCGCGCAUCUGGUCGCUGGCUCACACGGCUACCGCGGCCGCCACAGCCCUGAGCCAGACUGAGUUCCCCUCGUGCAUGCUGAAGCGCCAAGGCUCCGCUGCCCCUGCGGCCGCUUCCUUGGCUCCUGCGUCGUCCUCGCCUGCGGCCCCGGCCCCCACUGGUGCCCUGGACAGGCACCAGGACUCCCCGGUAACCAGUCUCAGAAACUGGGUGGAUGGGGUCUUUCACGACCCUAUCCUCAGGCACAGCACUUUGAACCAGGCCUGGGCCACCGCCAAGGGCGCCCUCCUGGACCCAGGACCGCUGGGACGCUCUCUGGGGGCAGGUGCCAACGUGCUGACGACGCCCCUGGCGCGCGCUUUCCCGCCCGCCGCGCCCCACGACGCCCCGACCGCAGGCUCAGCCAAGGAGCUGCUGGCGGCGCCCAAGGCCGGGGGCAAGCCCUUUUGCGCCUAACGGGCCCCGCCCCGCGCGGAGGAGGAGCAAACGGGGAGCCCGCCUGCUGCGCGUCGCAGACUCUGUUUCUACGGAGUUUCCAAAGCAGGACGGGAGCGCGUCCAAGUGCAGGCAGCCCACCCGCCGUGGGGGGACCGGCCGAACUCGGCCCUCCCGGCCACAGACCCCGCCUGGACAAGCAUUGGUCCGGGCCAUUUCCGACCUCCGCCCCGGGCCCCAGCCGGGUAGGGACGCUCCCAGAGCAGAAGGGAGCCGCCCCGGAGCCUAAAGUUUACGUCCCAAAGUUUACACGGACCAGACAUUUCAGCUCUGAGGCUUAGUUUUGCUGCCUCCUCCCGGGUUUGAGGCAUCCUUGCUCCUUCCGAAGACCCCUCAGCCUGCUGACCCGCGUUGUCCUCAGCACAUCUUCCAGCAACCAAACUCCCACCUGUUUACACUGUUGCACACUCGUAACUCGAUAAAAUUACGUUUUUUUACGUGUAUGUUCACACCAAUAAUUGCCUGCUUCAGAGGCUGAUAUAACAAACCAAUAAACCGAGUGAUGGUGUUUGCAUUGCAAAA